AAACAAAUUGCGUGCCGAGCCAGUCAAAAGUACCUGCGAAAGCCCAAGUCAGCGAAUAUACGGACAAGCAUGAAACAGCGAAAAUGCAAACAGUUAGCAUGACUCGUCCAACAAGUCUUCAACCAGCUGAACGUUCGUCACUUCGGAAACGGGAGCAUCGGGUUUCCUUUCCGGCUCACUGUCACAGUGACGAAGUCUCACCCAGCCCCUAGCUCCAGUGGCCCCCAAGUAAAUUGAGUUUGAGACCCCUGAUUUAGAGUGUAUCUGUGGAGAACAUGUGUGACGUCAGAGGCCACUAAAAGAGGACCUGGUGGCAAAGUAACCAUGGGCACCGAAGGCUCCCCGCUUCCAGCCCACUGCUAUCAAACAAUGUCUGCAUUCAUGCGCCCGAGGCGACGCAGAUCCACACAAACACGUUCUCCAAAGGGCUUCCCCGCAUCUCGCUCCAUCACCUGCCCACGUUACUGCUCAGUCAGUCUCAGGAGAUCCAGUCCUUCUCGAUCAGCACCUAAAAAAAAGUCCAAACGUGAGAACGAGGAAAGCGGGAAAGCAAAGAGAUCCGAGUAUGUGAACGGUACCAUGAAGCCCUUGAUGGUGCGGUAGUACGGAUCCAUGAGCAGAGACCCCAAAGAGCACACCUGGGCCGUCCGGUCCCACCCGUCGGAACAGUGAACCAACACGCUUGCCCCUUCCACAGUCACUGACUAGUAGUUGGACGACAGACAGGACAACAAAAGCGACACACAAGCACCAGAAAGAAAUUCACUUAUCACUGUCAGGUGUGGAACCAAGUCACCGUGAUAAAGGAGGGACUACUGGAGACGUGGGACUGAGUGAAAUAUUCACCAUAAAUCGAAAGAUCGCCGCAUCCACGAUAGCCUUGAUGUGCCUCAACCAACCACAGCUCUCCAGUCCAACCAGGAAGUCGCUCAUGGAGAGAGCCCUCGUUCCGGUCAAUGAGCUGCCAACCUUCCUCCCGCUGCUGGUCAUUCUGUUUGGGGUUGUAGGAGAACGCGUAGAGCUCAUCGUAGGAUUCUGCACACAAAACAGAACCAGAAACGCACACGACAAAGCUGGCAAAAUGUGGAUCCACUCACCCAAAUCUCCUGUCCGGCAGACGUCGUUGAGCCAUUGGACCCGCUCUCCACAAAGAUGAGUGCACCGGCGGCAAGUACUGGUGGUUUCUCCUUUGGAAAUGCAUUGGGUGCGGCUGCUGCGACCCCUGCCUCAACCGCCAGCGCCACUCCAUCUCUCGGCUUAGGAGGAAGUCUAUUUGGUCAGAAACCCACUGGUGGGUUUUCUUUCAAUUCACCUGCCGCAGGUGCUGCUGCUGCCCCCACUGCUGGCUUAACAUUAGGUGCCCCAGCUUCCACGACAACAGCCCCCACUGGCUUUAGUCUCUCCUUCAACAAACCCACCGGCUCCGCUGCACCCUUCUCUCUCACCGCAACGACCACCAGCGCCACAGCAGCCCCCGCCGGAGCGGGUUUAACAUUCGGUUCUGUCUUAACGUCAACGGCGCCACAGCAGCCCACAGCAACGGGCUUCACGCUCGGCCUCGGCGGUACAACAACUGCGACUGCUGCGGCAACAGUGCCGUCGCUGGGCGGGAGUCUUUUUUCCAGCACUGCAGCUACAGGUUUGGGGCAAACAACGCUUGGAGGAGCGGGAGGAGGGUUAACAUUCGGCUCUUUAUUAAGCACAUCAACGGCAGCCACGGCAGCUUCUGCUCCCAGUAUCGGCUUGGGUGGGGUAGACUUCAGUACAUCCUCGGAGAAAAAGAGUGACGCAUCAUCUGGAACCAAUGCCCAGGACAGUAAAGCCUUAAAGGAUGAGAACCUGCCUCCAGUCAUUUGCCAAGAUGUUGAGAAUUUCCAGAAAUUUGUCAAAGAGCAGAAGCAGGUUCAGGAGGACAUCAGCAGGAUGUCGUCGAAGGCAAUAUCCAAAGUCCAGGAUGACAUCAAGACACUGAAACAGCUUCUCUCUGUCAGUGCCAGCGGCUUGCAGCGCCAAGCUUUGGCCAUUGACAAGUUGAAGCUGGAGACGGCACAGGAGCUUAAAAAUGCUGACAUAGCACUUCGUACGCAAAAGACACCCCCUGGUCUUCAGCAUGAGAACACGGCUCCGUCUGACUAUUUUCGCUGCCUGGUGGAGCAGUUUGAGGUGCAGCUACAGCAGUACCGGCAGCAGAUAGAAGAGCUGGAGAACCACCUGACCACACAAAGUAGUGGCUCUCAUAUCACCCCUCAAGACCUGACUAUGGCCAUGCAAAAGUUGUACCAGACCUUUGUUGCACAGGCGGCCCACCUCCAGUCUGUCCACGAGAAUGUAAAGAUCCUGAAGCACCAGUACCUUUCUUACCGCCGAUCCUUCCUGGAAGACGCAACGGACAUCUUUGAGUCCAAGCGGGUCUCCACCAGGAAGUGGCAGAGCACGCCGCGCGUGACCACCGGUCCGGCCCCGUUCUCCAGCGUGCCGAACGCGGCGGCAGUCGCCAUGGCGGCCACGUUGACCCAGCAACAGCAGCCAACUCCAGGGACCCAGGCACCCUUGGGAGGAGGGUUUGGAAACCCCUUUGCCACAGCAGUGGGCACUAGUUUGGGCUCGACUACAUUGGGAGGUUUUGGUGCAGGGCCAGGAUUUGGUGGGGUGGGGACUGGGGGUUCUUCUUUUGCCUUCUCCACCGCCACUAAGCCCACAGGAGGCAGUCUGAGUGCAGGUUUCGGCGGCAGCAACGCCUCGGGGUUUAACUUCAGCAACCCCGGCAUCAACCCGUCGGCCGGCUUGACCUUCGGGGUGUCCAACCAACCGGCCGCCGGCUUCGGCACGGGAGCGCCCAUGCUCCAGCUCAAGAAACCGCCCGCCGGUAACAAGCGGGGCAAAAGAUAGAACGCAGAAUCUGAAGAGCGAGCGGAGCGGUCGUCCCCACAAGCGACCGACUCGCGGACAUCACGUAAUGAUUCGCAAACGUAGCAAGUCGUGAACUCGGUCGGCUCCAACUCGGGUGCCAUUUUGAGGACAAUGACUGCAUGAUUAACCAAAUAUAGCAUCAAAACAUGGUAAGUGAACCCGGGACCAAAUUCCUUUUUUUUUGGGACACUGCAAUGCUUUUCGGAAUUCCAACAGCUAUGUUUGGAGCUUUUGUGACUUUUCCCAAGUUCCGCCCAGAGUUAGAAUUAAUAGAAAGAGACAAGUACUUUUAUUUUUAUAACAAGAGGGAAGUAACAUCAUCAUCAUCGUCAGUCAUUGCUGAGUCCUUGAUAACCUGUGUUGUUUUUUGCUGUAACACAUCCUUAUUAUUGUUUAAGUACCUUUAUUUUGUAUUUCCUGCAUAUAUGUACUAGUGUUUGAUGUCAGAUUAAGACAGGGGGACGUCGAGAGUUUUUGUCCGUUGAGUCGACAUUUACUGAUGGUUGUACUUUCAUUUUCUUAAUUACUGUCUGUGUUACAAUUGAAUUUUCCAAAUGUGUUUGAUAAUACGCUUUCAUAUGUGAUGUUCUGCCUUUUGGACAACAUCACUUCAAUAAAUGUUUGUUAGAACUGUUAGAACUGAGUU